AUGUCACUCCUUGUGCAAUUUAAGGCUGGGAUUGUGACAUUAUUGAUAAUUAAACUCAUCCAUUCAACAACGAUAGCGCAACAAUCAGAUUUUGAUGGAGUCGACACGAUAAGUAAAACAGAUGAUUACAAUCCAAUGUUUGUAAUGUUUCGACGACCUUUCAGAAAUGAAUUUUCCAACCAGUUACAAGGUCAAUUUCCAUCACCGUUCCAAUCACAAUAUUCUGGCCAUGUCAAUAGUCAGCCUAGAAUAUUCAACAAGAUUUUCAAGCCUUUGAUAUCUCCCAACCGAAAUCUUCCACUUCAACAAACAUUCCAAACUUUCUCUCCAGUAAAUUUUGUAAAGGAGAAUGAAGAUUCAAACAAUCAAAAGAAUGUUGACAAUGACAAGAUUCUCAGGUCAACUAACGAUGAAUCUUUUGAUGAUGACACGAUUAUUGGAACAUCAAAACAAAUUCCCAGAAGUAGACUUGAUCCUAUGUCAAAUCAUGUAAUCUUCGAACAUUCAAACCAAAAUGUCGAAACUGAUGAAAUUAUCAAUCCCACCGACAUCCCACCUCAGGAUAUUUAUAUGACAGAAGAAAGUAACGAAAACAAACAGACAAGUAGCAACAUUGAAGAUGAAACAAUGGAAACUUCUGACACGCAUAAUUUAUUUUAUAACUACAUCAACAACCUUCUUCCAUACCGUCAUGAGGCGCCAUUCAACUAUUUUCCUGCUUCAAAUUAUUAUGGCAAUCAUGAACUUCCACCUUUGAAUUUUAACUUCCGUCCUACAGAAAUUCAUCGAGGUCAUCCCAAUAUGAUGUUGCAUGGGUGGAAAUUUCAUCCAUUUCAUCAUCAGCAAAUUCCUUUGAUGAAUAAUUUAUUCCCUAUCAGAACUUUCCCCCUCCCACCUAGAAACUAUCCUUGGCCAUCAAUGUACAAAGCGAACGGUUAUUUACCAUUAAAUGGAUUGGCAGAUAGAAGUGGGAUUGAAGAGCAUGAAAAUAGAAGACAUGAAUUUAUCCCUGAAGAAGAAAACUUAAAUCCAUUCGAUGGUCACCGACAUGAUUUUCAUGCAUUGAAUGAACAUGAAAACUUUCACAAUUUUGACAACUUUCCCCAUAAUAUGUAUUUUCCUGAUUAUAAAACGUAUCCAAGUGUCAUCACGAUUGAAGCAUCCAAUCCAAAGGAACCGAAGGAAACUUCAAAUGAAAAAGAAUCACCUGAUAAAAAGGAAGAAAAUCAAGAAGAUGAAGUCAAGAAUGAAAACGAUGUUCAAGAUAAGGUAAAUGUCGAGAUUCUCGACAACUCUUUAAAUAAUGAAGAAGACCAACCAACGACAUUAAAAAUUUCUGAUAUGCCAACAAUGAAUCAAGUGACGGAAAAUGAUAUGCAAACGACAACUGAAUAUUCCUUGGAGACUUCUACAAGGAAAUUAAAUGAAAUCGAUGACACGACAACUCAAAGUGAAUAUGACACCACAUUACAAUCAACUGAAAGAACUGAAACGACAACUUAUUUAAGUGACGACACAACUGUCAUACCCACAACAGAAGCUCUUGAAAACGAAUAA